AUAAAAAUUCACAUCCGAGUAGAAAACUUCCGAGGAUCGAUACGUUGUUCGUCGUGGUGGUGAGAUAGAGUACUGCGUAGAUACCGGUGAUGUGCAGGUGAAUCCGAUCGAUGUAAAUGUACGGCAAAAGAGAGAAAAGCUCAUGCACGGUGCAACCGAGAACGGUACGGAGCUCGGCUUGUGUAUUUAGGGUCGUGUGGUGGAGUAUUUCGGACGGAAAUCUGACACUCGAUAUCAACGGCGUCUCCGAGGUGCCCGAAAUUCUCGAAGUGCUUUACGAAAUUGACGAAGAAAUCGGGGACGAUGAUGUCGAUUCACCCGCAUCCGUAACGGACGCCACCGAUUCUGUGGGACGAGUUUAUUUCGGCUCCGAUCUUUUAUUCGGGAUGCCGGUAGCCGCGGCAGUUAUAGCAUCGGUGGUUUUACUGGUUUGCUGCUUCUGUUGUCUCCGAUGUGCCAUAGGCUACGACGGUCUCAAACGACAGCCAUUUUACGGGACCAAAAGACGCGGGGGUGUAAAAUCCACGCAGAGAUACUAAACGUGGAAUUUUCAUCGCAAAAAACAAAAACAAAAAACAAAAAAAAAAACAAGAACGAGAAGGUGGGAAAUGAAAAAAAAUUAUCAGUGUGCGACAAACAAGUUGAACGAGUUACGAGUGCGUUUUACCGUUCUUGUGAGCUUGAUUUUCCAAUUGGAAACAAAA